AAAAAAAUAUGUUUUUUACUAAAUUCAAACAAAGAGCAUAUAUCAUGUGUUUUUGGACUGGAUAGGCAACUGUUUAUUUUUCGUUUCUGGCGCAUGUUCCCCACCCCCAACCCUCGGCGGAUUCAACCGCGCCGCCUCCCUCCGCCUAUCGACACUGCUCUCUCUUUCAAACGGCUUUUGUUGCAGCCAUUUUACCCUGUACUGUCGGCACAGCAACUCUAAGGAGAAGGCCGAGACAGCUCCGUUAAAAGGCGUACAAAUAUGGAAAACAAUGUACGAGGGCCAGUGGUUGGCCGGCCAUUGGCCUUCACUAAUGAAGAAAGACGAGCUAUUCACUCCUGGUCACGGAUCUCUUCGGCCGGACAAGGUAUUCUUCUGGAUGCCUUAAAGAUCCUUAGCCCUUUGUCUUGUGACCCUUCCAACACAGAACAGCUGGUCACAUUUUUGAAGGAGCUUAAUGAGGAAGGACACAAGGCCACUAUACUCCGUAGUAACGAUGUGUAUAGCUACCGUUCCAGCACAAGUCAACCUCUUACUCAAGACAUGCUGAAGCCACCCAACAGACUUAUCAGACCAGCCAAGAAAAGGGGAAGGAGGCCCCCAAACAAAAGAAAAGAGAUACACCCGUCCUGGAGCACUUCUGAGAAAAGGAACCCAAGGAUUCAAGGUGUCUGUCCUACAGAGUUAGUAGUGGACCAUCACACAGUUGUCUGCAGCAGGACUUUUACUCAACCUGCAGAGAAGAUGCCUCCAUUGCAAGUGCAGCCGUGUCUCCGACUAACAAAUAUUCAAGGCCUGUCAGGUGGACACACAGCAAGACUGCAAAUUCACACGAACUGGGACUCUCGGGUACCUCCAGUUGCUUCUUCCAAGCAACAGCACCCUCAACCACUUUCAGGAAUACCUUUACAGCCUUCUCACAAUGGUGGUGGUGCGCCAACCAAAGCUGUGGCCUUGUUUAGUCAGAGAAAUCUAUCCUGCCCCAUUAGACUGGAUGGUGCCCUCAUUGGAGAUUCUGCCCCGGUCUUCUAUGUUAAUGGUCGGGUGUUUUCACAUACUAACACAGAGUUGACCAGCAAUGGCUGGAGAAGCAAUGGCUUCCACCAAGAAAGUCAGGGCCCUAUGGACAUGAACAACUCUGGACAACAAAGAAAAACCUGGAAAGAAAAGAACCCAACAGUAUGGAAAAUGGUGAAGGUGGAUGACACUCGAUCUGUAGCUGAAGCUCGCAGAAAAGCUGAGAAGAUUCUGCAAGUUGAUUUGUCUCCUGUGAUUCAUAUCCAACCUCUUAAUUAUCUCAUAAGAGACUUCAAAUACCUGAAAAACUGACCACCCUCACCCAUGUGCUGUGUUUUAAUGUUUUACAUCCAUUAACUUUAGCUUGGCUGAACCCCAGUGUUAAUAGCAUACAUGGGUUUUCUGCCUCUGCUGGAAAGUUGGGCUAAAAAGUUGGUUUGUUGGUCAGUUCAAAAUGGGCACAAGGGACAUGACUGUUGGCUGUGUUGGCAAAUUGUCACUGUUAAAAUAUUUUGGACUGUGAGCACCCAUCAGUUACAUGUUGCUGAGUUGUCUGCCAUCUAUUUUGGUGGGAAUGUUUUUGUGGACAUGGCAUUUAUGCAGUCAUUUAAUUUAAAAUGCAGCAACUUUUGUGAGUAUUUUGCUUUAAACAAUAAUGGAUUCUGCAAAGAAAAAUACAUUCAGAUUAGCAGCACUUCAAAAUAAUGUUGUAAUUGCCUUUUUUUGCCCUUUUUUUUUCCAAUUUGACAUGAGAACGGUUUAGAUGUGAACCAGCAUUUUUUUUUUAAUUCACAUAAGAGAAACAAGUCCUCUGUUAGGAAAAUGUUCUUGCCAUAAUAAAUGUACACGAGUAACAGCAUUUGCAAGCAGCCUUGUUUGAAAGAAGAAAUCAUUUUUGAAAGACUUAACCCAGACUCAAUAUUUUUCUUCAAGCAUUUUCUUCGAUGAACACUUUUAAAUAAAACAAACAGCCUAAAAACCAGGACAGUUACAUAGAUUUAAUUAUUAAAGUCCACAAUCAUCGGCUGUGAAUUUUAAAAUCUUAGAGCCACCUUGAUUCCACGUCUACAGGUUAAUGCUGUUUACCUGCUAAAGUAUAAUUGAAAACACAAAGAUGUGCAAUUGGCCUGUUGGAAAAUAUCAGCUGCUGGUGUUGCACACGUUUUGCUUGAACUGUUUUUUUUUUUACCAGGAACACCACCACCCCAACCAGACACAAAUGUUAUGCUGUGAUUAAAAAUAUUUAUGGUGAAAUGUUACUUGAUGCUGUUUAACCUCUUAGUUGAAGCAUAUUUAAGUAUCUCCUAGUAAAGCUUUGCUCCAACGAUGAGUACUGCCCAAAGUAUCUUUUAGUUUAAAGUGUCAGCCAUGAUAACUGUUUUGAUUCUUCAGAACCUAGAGCUACAGUAUCUUUUAAUGUGACAGUUUGUUGCCUGUCUUAGUACAUACAAAUCUAUAUUGUUUCAUCUGCAGCAUGCAAAUUUCUUUUUUAUUUAAACUCACACUGGUUUUUGCUUCAGGUGCUAACUUUGCAGUGUUGGUGCUGAAUUGAAAAAAACUAGCACAGUAUUGUUAUAGAUCUCUCCUUUACUGGGCCAGAUGGAAGGAUUUCAAGUAAAUUACUUCCCGUAAAGUAUUUUAGAGGGACUAAAGCACUGCUCCAUUUAAAUCUACACACCAACAAUCAAUUUAGGGUUCUGGAAAAAACAUUUUUCUUAGCACCUUCUGUCUGUUCAGCCAUUUCCAUGCUGACCAUCAACCCUUUUAUAGAUAUAUCAUCUUGUUUGUGCAUCACUUGUAAAUAUUGUAUUUCCUACAUGAUAUUUGACAGCUUUUGUUUAAUAAAAUUGUGAAAAUAA